AGUUGAAGGCGUGGGCACAUGACGCCAGAUCCCAACUCGCCAGCAUGCAGCCUCGCCUCAUCCUCGUCCUCGCCGCGAUUCUUGUCGGCGUCAAUGGCCGCUCACAGUACGUCGCGCGCCUCCCCAACGGCGAGAACAUCCCGGGCGUCAGUGCCAUCGGCCACGUCAACCCGAGUGGUGGCGGCGCGCGCAACGCCUUUGGCAGCGACUUUGGCGCGAAUGGGCUGACGUGGAACCCUGCGCUGUGCCAGCUCGACUCGGACGGCGAUGGUGCGACCAACGGCGAAGAGCUCGGCGAUCCGUGCUGCACAUGGAAGGCUGGCGCGGCGCUCACGUCGACGGCUGCCCCGACGCACCCCGGCCUCAAGAAUACGUUCACGACGGCGCAGCUGGCCUCGCUCAAGUGCGCUUUGUCCAAUAACAGCACGACGUCUCCGUCGGCGGGCGGCAGCAAAUCGGACUCGAAUACCGCGGCUCCGUCCGUGACGUACCCGACGCCCAAGUCCACGUCGGGCGCCGUCUCGUACACCGUCGCCGCCACAACCCUCGUCGGGGCUGUCGUCGUCGCCCUCUAUUAACUUGAAAAAUGAACAAUUUUGUCGGUAUUGAACCCAA